AUGCUGGCGGCGGCCGGAGCGGCGGGCGGCGGGCGCGGACGCGGGGCAGCGGCGGGGGCCGGGGCCGCGCGGGCGGGCGGGCGGGCGUGUCUCGGCCCCGCCGCCCGCUCGUGUGUACAGUACGUGUGUCUGGGCGGCCGUCCGCGGGCGAGUGUGCGGCGGGGGCCGCGGGGGCCGGCUCAGUUGAGAGAUUGCAGAAGCCGCUCGGCGCCCGCGCGAUUGGUCCCCGCGGGGUCAUGUGCCCGCCCCUCUGACGUCAAUGGCGGCAACGGCGGCGGCCGCCGCGGCUUCGGCCUCUCGCAGGCGGAGUCGGCCGCCGGGCGGGGACGCGAGGGGCAGAGGCGCGGCCCGACGGGAGGGGGCGGCCCCUGGGGAGGGGGCCGCGGCAGGCGAGCCCCGGCAGGCCCCGGGCCGGCCCCGCCCGGAACGUGGGGGUGGGCGGGGGCCGCGGGGGCGGGGCGCGUGACGUCACGCCGAGCCGCGCCCCCGCCGGUGCCCAGGCCGGGUGCCCAGGCCGGUGCUCCGGCGGGUGAGGAGCGCUGCGGCCCGCCGGCCCCCGCCCCAGCCGGCCGGGAUCGGAACGGUCAGCGCCCUGGGACGUGCGGACGCGGGCGGCCGACGUGCACCCAGACCAGCCCAUUCAUCCCUGCAUGGGCAGGCCCAGCACAAGACUGGGAGAGGAUCAUACUGGAAACACCCUUGUUCAGUGACACGGAGCCCCCACGAUGCUUCAAGAAGAGAUCCAUGAAGGCAGAAUCCAGUGGUUCCUGGCCGACGGAAGAGCUAGCUCAGUGCCUGCACACAGUCAGGCCUCAACAAAUGGGCAGUGACUGACCAGUUGAUAGUCACACUCACCUAUUCCCUGGGGCUUGGGCAUGUGCAGGCAACAGGACUGGGUCCGUGCAUCGGGCAGCAUCGGUACUCUGUGGGUGAUAUGCAGAGCCCCUUGCCUCCCACUGUCCCAAGUUCCUGACCUAAUAAUCAAAGAGUCUAGCUGCCAGAUUCCCCCGAAGCCCCUCCCUGCAAGUCCCCAACCUCCAUAGGAGAUGCAAGCUAGUCAAGUUUCCACGGAUGGAUCACAAGUUGUCCUUGAUGUCACUGGAUCCAGACCCUCCAAAGGACAAGCCAGGCCCCUCCUGGGCCACACGGGUGGAGAGCCCACUCACUGUGGCAAAGCACAGUGCUAGAAGCUGGGGUUGUAGUGAACGGCAGUGGACUGCCGUGCGCUCUCAUCUCCACUCCCAGUGCCUGAAGUCUCCCCCUGAGCUGAGAGGGGAAGGACAGAGCUGGCUGCCCUCAAAGGAAUGCCAUGAAGUGGCAAAGUCCCUGCUGGGGGAGGAGAACGUGGGACUGAUGGCCGGCCCCGGUAGAGGUCCCCCACACCACCCUCUUCCAGCACUCCUUCUCCCUCUGGGGGACAUGCCUGGAGCUGGGUGGUCUCCCCCUUGGCAUGCUUCCCAGUGGAGAUCCCCACCAGCCUCUGCCCAGCCCCCAUCUUGCCCCACUCCAGCACGAAACGGUGCACGAACCCAACACCCUCUACCCUCCAAGAGGGCAGGGUUCAUUCCAGUUUUGCCCAUCACUGUGCCCAGUGGUUUACUGGUAAAUGUUUAACUGUCAGCUGACUGAUAGAGCAUUUGGCUUCUUCAGUGGAAAUACUCACCCCAUGGCCGUUUUCAGGCUCCCGAAGCGCAUCACUGAACAGAAGUUGGGAAAAGAGGCAGCCCAUUGUAGGGUAUGUCUGCCUGCAGAUACCGCGUGCCAGGAUCACACCGCAAACAGUGGCUGAGGGGCCAGAUUCCCCUGGUGGCCGGCAAAGCAUAAAAUACCAUCUGGCCCUUUUACACAUUUGGAGACCCCUGUAAUAGACAUCACCUUCAGAACAGAGAUACUAAUGGAAAUAGAAUAAUUAGGAAAUGAUGAGUUCUGGUACCUUUUAAAAAUAUAAUUGUACAGUGGCUAACUGAACAUAAUAAAAAAUAUAUAUAUACACAUAAUUGUAGCUUUAUAUCAUUUAAGCUUGUUCAGUGGCUGUUUGACAACCAACUGGAAAAAUUUCUGAAAAACCAACAAGCAGCUCUCCUGAGCCCGUGUAGGGUCAGCUCCAGUAAGCCUGUAUCUAGGGCCUGGCCCGGAGGAGAAACACAGCAUUGAAUGGCUGGAAAUCAAUGCCAAUAUUCAAACUGCCAGGCCACACUGCCCUGCUUCCUUCCUUCAUUCUUUCUUUUGAUCCCAUUAAACACCUAGCUAUUUGUGCCUCCAGAGGGCCAAGGACUUUGCCAAGUUCCAUUAGUUCUUCUUUAUCCGCAGGGGAUACAUUCCAAGACCCCCACACAGAUAGUACCCAACUCCAUAUAGACUGUUUCUCCUCACACACAGAUACCUAUGAUAAAGUUUCAUUUAUAAAUUAGGCACAGUGUGAGAUGAACAACAACGACUAAUAAUAAAAUAGAGCAAUUCUAAUAUACUGUGAUAAAAGUUAUGUGAAUGUGGUCUUUCUCAAAACACCUUAUUGAACAGUGCUCCUCCUCCUGGUGCUGAUGUGAGACAAUAAAAUGACUACAUGAUGA